AUGAAGCAUUUUCAGUCUGAUAAAUUUCAGACACAGGAAAGAUCAGUUUGGAAUAUGGUUCUUUUUGCUGCAACCAUCUUCAUGUUUUUGCCUAAUAUCAAAUGCUAUAUUCUUCUUGGUAAAUGCAGUGUGGGGAACCGACUCUUCAUUAGGCACAAGCAGUAUAAUUCAGAAGAUCUGGUUAUUGGUGGAAUUACUUCUCAGAUUUACAUGUUUUCCAACACAAUGACAUUCACAAAGAAUCCAUCUAAAGAAACAGUUGAUGAUUUCCUGUAUUUUUUUAAAAAUUGGAAUUACUUAAAUAUUGAAUUACUAAACUACAAGUGUGAUUUCAAGGACAACGUGGUCACUGUUCUUGCAGGAUCUAAUGCUUUCAUUGGCCAGUUCAUGUCAAACAUUCUGAGUGUUUACAAGAUUCCACAGCUCACAUAUGGCUCAGCUCCAGUGAUAGAUGACAGCACACAGGUUGUUUUCUUGCACUGGGCAUUUCCAAAUGAAGAUCUUCAAGUCAAGGGAAUUAUCCAGUUAUUGCUACAUUUCCAGUGGAUAUGGAUUGGGCUGAUUGUCCAAAGUGCUGAGAAACGAGACAGAUUUCUACAGAAUAGACUUGCCACAUUUUCUCAGAAAGGUCUUUGCUUUGACUUUGUGGAAGAGUUACCAAAGGUAUCUGUUUCCAAUGAAAUUGUUGAUAUGUUUACAGGCUAUAUAAAAGUUUACAAUGUUGUAACAAUGAGAAGCAGUGCCAAUGUUGUGAUAAUCUAUUGUGAAAACCAAGAAACAGCUGUAUUGAGAAAGUUGCCAUAUCUUUCAGAAUUUGAGGACACAGCAGUGAAGAGAAAAGACAAAAUUUGGAUAAUUCCAGCUCAGAUGGAGUUCUCAUCACUCCCCUUUCAAAGAUAUCGAGCUAUGGAUUUCAUGCAUGGUUCUCUUUCUUUUCAAGUUUCCUCAAAGGACAUCUUCGGCUUCAAGAGAUUUCUCCAGAUGAGAAAACUUACUUCAGGAGAUGAAGACAGUUUGAUCAGAGCAUUUUGGGAAAGUGCAUUUGAAUGUUCUUUCUCCAAUGCCAUGUUAGAGGAGGAUGCUGAGAAUGGGUGCACCGGUGAGGAGCAACUGGAGACCCUUCCUAAGUCUGCCUUUGAGACCGUUAUGACUGGUCAGAGCUAUAGUGUCUACAAUGCAGUCCAUGCUGUGGCACAUGCUUUGCAGGCCAUGCUUUCAUCCAAAAACAAACUCAAGGCGAGAGGAAAAGACUCAGAACAUAAAACAUUGAAUCAAUAUGUGUGGCAGGUAAGACAUUUGAGAACCGUUUCAUUUAAUAACAGUGCUGGAGAAAAUAUUUUCUUUGAUCAAAAUGGAGAAAUAGCAACUGGAUUUGAUGUCAGCAACUGGGUCAUUUUCCCCAACCAAUCCUUUGAUCGAGUCAAAGUUGGGAAGGUAGAUCCCUUUGCUCCCCCAAACAACCUGCUCUCCAUUUCUGCACAGGACAUUAUCUGGCCCACCACGUUUAACCAGGCACAACCCUUUUCUGUAUGCAACAACCACUGCAUUUCAGGGUAUAGCAGGAUAAAAAGAGAAGGGAAGCCAUUUUGCUGCUAUGAUUGCCUUCAGUGUCCAGAAGGGGGGAUUUCAAACAAGACAGAUGCAGAUUACUGUUUUCAGUGUUCAGAAGCCCAAUACCCAAACAAAGCUCGCAAUCUUUGCAUUCCAAAGCACAUCAUAUUUUUGUCUUCUGAACAUCCUCUGGGACUCACGUUGACAACUAUUGCUUUAUUUUUUUCUGUCACAUCAGCUUUGGUGCUUCAGAUCUUUAUUAAUCAUCAGGACACUCCCAUAGUCAAAGCCAACAACAGAAACCUCACCUACAUUCUUCUCAUUGCUUUUCUGCUCUCCUUCCUUUGCAGUUUGCUCUUCAUUGGGCAACCUGAACAAGUGAAAUGUCUCAUGCAACAAACUGCUUUUGGCAUCAUCUUCUGUGUAGCAGUUUCUUGUAUAUUGGGGAAAACAACCAUUGUGGUUCUUGCUUUCAUGGCCACAAAGGCAGGCUCUAAAAUGAGGAAAUGGGUGGGAAAAAGGCUGGGUAACUUGAUUGUCCUAUCUUGCUCCUUGGCACAGUUCACCAUUUGUGUAGUGUGGCUGGCUAUUUCUCCCCCAUUCCCAGAUUCUGACAUGCAUUCCAUGGCUGAAGAAAUUGUCUUGCAACGCAAUGAAGGUUCAACCACAAUGUUUUAUGCUGUCCUUGGUUUUAUAGGAUUCUUGACUACUAUUAGCUUUACAGUGGCGUUCUUUGCUAGAAAGCUACCUGACAGCUUUAACGAAGCUAAAUUUAUCACCUUCAGCAUGUUGGUCUUUUGUAGUGUCUGGGUAUUAUUUGUUCCCACUUAUCUGAGCACCAAGGGCAAGUACAUGGUGGCGGUGGAGAUCUUCUCCAUUUUGGCUUCUGCAGCUGGAUUACUGGGCUGCAUCUUUUUCCCCAAAUGCUACAUUAUUGUUCUGAGGCCUGAUUUGAACAGAAAGGAGCAGCUAAUAAAGAAAUAA